AUGAUAAUUAGAAGAGUUAAUGUAAAUGGUGUUAGAUACUAUGAAGUUAAUGGUGGUAAAUACCCAUCAGUAUCAUCAAUUUUAAAAAUUAUCACGAAAACUCAAUAUAAACAAUAUAAACAUGAUAGGAUUAAAGAGAUUAAUUUUACUUUAGAGAAAAAAUAUCCAAAUGUAAAAAAAAAAAGGUUAUCACAUAUUGCAAAAAGGUCUUUUGGUCUAGAAACAACAAAUAAAUUAUAUAAUGGUGCAAGAGUUGGUAGUGCAGUUCAUGAAUUAAUCGAUGAAAAUGUUUGUCAACAAUUAGAGGAACAAGCCCCCAGUAACAAUAGCAGUGAUUCAUUAACAAAUUUAAUUAGUUCUAAAGAAUUAGAGAUCGAAAUUGAUUCCAAAAAAGAAUAUGAAGCCAAAAAAAGGGAGAAAAAAGAGCAAAUCGAACUACUUCGUAAUUUCAAGCAAUUAAAUAAAAAGAAUAAUAGAAAAUCAUUUGGUUAUGGAUUAUCAAAAAAUAAUAUCCAAGUAAUUGAAGAAGAUAAAUUAAAUCCAACAACAACAAAAACAACAACAACAACAGAAACAACACCAGAAAAAACAACAGUUAUGGAAACAACAGAAACAAAUACUGCACAAAAUAAUAUACAAGUAAUUGAUGAGGCCAAAUUAAAUCCAACAACAACAAAAACAAAAACAAAAACAACAACAACAACAACAAAAACAACACCAGAAAAAACAAAUACUGCACAAAAUAAUAUACAAGUAAUUGGUGAGGCCAAAUUAAAUCCAUCAACAACAGACACAACAACAGAAAAAACAACAGUUAUUGAAACAAUAGAAAAAAAUACUGCACAAAAUAAUAUACAAAUAAUUGAUGAGGCCAAAUUAAAUCCAUCAACAGCAGCAGAAACCACUGCAACAAAUACUGCAAAAAAAGAAGAAAAAAAAUUAGAAUUACAAGAGGAACAAAAAGAGGAACAGGCAAAAAAAGAAAUAGGUAUUGGUAGCCUAUUUUUUGAAGAUGAAGAAACAGAAGAACAGGAAGAAAAAGAAACAGGUAAAUAUGACCUGUAUUUUCAAAAGGUUUCAGAGAAUAAUGAAAAUGAAGCAGAGUUUAAAAAAAUGGUACAUCUGAUUCAACUAAAGAAUGAAAGUUUUGAUAUUGGUCUAUACAAUGGAAGUGUUGAAAUAGGAGUUGAAUCAUAUAAACUAUGGGAAAAAGAUAAUAACGGAGAACUUAAGUUUGAAAAGAGUGAUUCAUUUGUAUACUCUGUCAAACAUGGGUAUGCAGGUGCAUGUGAUGCAAUCGUUAGAAAAAAGGAUGGAACAUUAGCAAUAUUGGAUUGGAAGACUUCGAAUAAAAUAGAUUCAAAAUAUGCACUCCAGGUAUCAGCUUACGCAAAGGCAGUUGAAGAGUUAACUAAAGAAAAGGUAUCAGAGGCUUUGGUUAUAAAAUUAGGACAUAAAUUUGUUGGUUAUAGUGUUCACAAAGUAAAAAAUAUUGAUAAAUGUUUUGACUUAUUUUUAAGUACCCUCAAACUUUGGAAAUUCAUUGAAUCAACUGAUCCUUUUACAGUUAUAAGUCAAUCAAAUUCAACUAAAUACUCAACUUCAUACAAUCAUAAAACCAAUACAUAUUCUACAAACUCCACAGAUUACUCUGGUAAAAUUCAAAAAGAAGUAGCUGCCAAUACCACAGCCACCAAUACCACAGCCACCAAUACCACAACCACCAAAAACCCCAAAACCACAACCACCAACACUACAACCACCAAAACCCCCAAAACCAACAAACCCUCACCAGCUUCUAAUAACAACAGUGGGUUUUUAAUUCCUAAUUCAGUAACAAAAAUUAAACUAAAAAAACCAAAAAAAUAA